AUGGAAUCGGAUACCUUCCAGUUCAUUAUAGAAUCUCCCCAGCACACCACAGGCCACAAAAAGCGUCCUAGGCUGGUCACUUCAUGCGAUAAUUGCCGUCUCAAGAAAAUAAAGUGUCUUCAGCCCACCCCAGAGGCAAAAUGCGAGGCAUGCAAGACAGCAAAGAUCGCCUGUCGCUUCAAGGAUCGCGAGCGCUAUUUUGCAGAGCGCAGUAGAGCAAUUGCCGGGCCCAGUGUCACCCACAGCUACAACCAGGACCACAGGUCUGCACCGAUCCUUUGCCGCGUUUUCAUGUUCAAAGAAGCUCAUCCCAGUCUCCCAUACAGUGCUAGGCACGACCACAAUCCAGCUCUCGAUGCCUUUUCCGUCGCCUCCAGCUCGUCCAGUCCGUCUUUGACUCAUUCCAACCCCCGGUCAAAUUCCCAUUCGCCAAAAGCAAGCGGUAUGGUCUCCCCGGAAGGAGAACCCAACGGUCGUUACCCGUAUUCCUCAGAUCCUCGUAGAGGUGACGGCUAUAGACACAGUGCCCAUUCAUCUAUAUCUUCUACGUACCACUCCCGCAACAACAGCGGCUAUGGCUACAAUAAUUAUCCAGCAUCUCCAUCGCCAGUUCUUCAGCACCCCCAUAAUCAAAGACUACCCUCGCAACCUGACUACCGUCAAGUUCAGCUAUUCGAUCCCGAGCGAUCCCAGUUUCCUCACCCUACCCUAAUGCCUCACUUUAUUGGCCUCUUCUUCGAACAACACGGUUCAGAAUACACCUUCCUAAUGUACGAGCAAAUUUUGAACGAUUUCUAUGAGAAUCGUUUGUCACCCGUCAUUGCCAAUGCCAUUGCAUCCAUCGCCUGCAAAUACUCUAAUGUACCCGAGCUCGCAGUUCGCGGCCUUCACAACGUAUCGGAAACAUACGCCGAGGUUGCAAGGAACCUCGCCGCGUCCCUGUCCCAUAUCGCCACGAUGGAGACACUGCACGCCGUCAUGCUCAUUGCUUGGGCCGAAUACAAGCAUGGCAGGUAUACAGCGUUCCGACAGUAUUGCCAGAGGGCUAUCUCUAUGGCUUCCGAUAUUGGCCUGUCAGAGAACGACAGGGUCCUGCAUACUGCCGACAACGAACAGCGCCGCAGGCAGGCCACCUGGGCUGGUGUCGUUCAAUUACACCUUACUGCAUCUCAGACGGUGACAACUCGCACCUAA